UAUCAUAUACCAACUUACUAAGUCGUUUACACAACCCAAACCCUCAUUCUAAGAGAUGGGGUCUCACACACAAAACCUCUCUUUUCUUAUCCUCCUUCUCCUAGGCUUCCUUGCUGUCUCAUUCGCUUGCGAAUGUAGCCCUCCUAAACCAUCACCGAGCCCCCACAAACCGCCUAAACAUCCCGUCAAACCGCCUAAACCACCAGCAGCCAAACCACCAAAACCACCGGCAGUAAAACCUCCUAAACCCCCCACCAAACCUCCCACCCUUAAACCACACCCCCACCCUAAACCUCCCACUAAACCCCCCACCGUUAGACCACACCCACACCCUAAGCCCCCUACCAAACCUCAUCCCAUCCCAAAACCGCCCACCGUUAAACCACCACCCUCCACCCCCAAACCGCCCACCAAACCACCCACCGUUAAACCACCCACCGUUAAACCACCUCCAUCCACCCCUAAGCCGCCCACCAAACCACCCACCCUCAAACCACCACCCUCCACCCCAAAACCGCCCACCAAGCCACCCACCGUCAAACCACCUCCGUCCACCCCUAAACCACCUACCCACAAGCCACCAACAGUGUGCCCACCGCCAACACCAACACCAACACCAAUCCCACCUGUUGUAACGCCACCAACACCACCAACACCAACUCCACCAGUCGUUACGCCACCAACACCAGCCCCACCUGUUGUAACGCCACCAACACCAACACCAACACCACCGGUCGUAACGCCACCGACACCAACCCCUCCUGUCGUAACACCACCAACACCAACUCCACCUAAGCCAGAAACGUGCCCAAUCGACACGUUGAAGCUAGGCGCUUGUGUAGACGUUCUUGGAGGUUUGAUUCACAUCGGGCUUGGUGGAAGUAGCGCCAAGAAAGAGUGUUGUCCGGUUUUGGGAGGCUUAGUUGACUUAGACGCAGCCGUUUGUCUAUGUACCACCAUUAAAGCCAAACUUCUCAACCUCGACCUUAUUAUCCCCAUUGCUCUUGAGCUUCUUAUCGACUGUGGAAAGACUCCGCCACCUGGCUUCAAAUGUCCCUCUUGAUGAAUGAAGUGUCUCUCUAUCGUGUUUUUCUUUCUUUCUUUCAAGAAUUUGUUAGUUUGAUAAUCUCUUGGGUGAGGUUAAUUUGCGUGUGUGGGACCUUUAAUCACUUGUUUUGUUGUACAAUAAAAGGCUAUGU